AAAGGAUAUUUCUCCCCGCAGGGAUGUAGCUGUGCACUCAGUAAAGCUAUGUGACGAACAUUCGUCCACGCAUUAAAAAUGAACAUUCUUGGGAAUUCGGUGAUAAUGGCCAAACCGCUCGGGACCGACGACGGGACGUUUGUUUCACCUGCGGUUAUUCAAGAUUUCAGCGAAGGAAUGUGCAUGUCACCCAAUGUUCUCCAAAGUCUCGGCGAUAGAGCAAAUUCCGAACACAGUGUGGAUUCUGCAGACAGAGAGGAACUGUCGCUGGAAGAUAUUUUAACACUCUACAAUCAGCCGAUAAAUGAAGAGCAAGCUUGGGCGGUUUGCUAUCAGUGUUGCCGGUCCUUGGCUCAAAAGAGUCAUUCCAAAUCAACCAAUGCCCCAGGUGUGGAGCUUGCCAGAAGAAUUGAGGGACCGAGCGACGUGAGGAUUUGUAAAGAUGGGACUGUUAAAUUACACCACCGAAGCAGCACAGACAAACACAGGCUGCCUAAUACAUCAAUAGAGGUGAUCGAGUCUCUGGGCAUUAUGAUCUAUAAGGCACUGGACUAUGGCCUGAAGGAAAAUGAGGAGAGGGAGCUUAGUCCCCCCCUUGAGAAGCUCAUCGACCUCAUGACAAACAUGGCCAACAUGGAGGUAGAUGCCUGCCCUGAUGAGGGGUACGAGGCCACAGAGGAGGAAGAUGAGGCAGAUGAACCCACCGAGGUGUCCUACACACAGGGUUAUCGUGGCAUUGUAACGCUGUGCUCGUCCCACCUCCCAAGUCCAUCAGAUGCUCCAGACCACUACCAGGCCGUGUGCCGUGCCCUCUAUGCAGAGACCAAGGAACUGCACACCUUCCUGGAGAAGAUCAAGAUUGCCAAAGAGAAUUUGCGGCGCAUGGAGGGAGAUGCUCCUGAGGAGCCCGUCAGAGACCUGAAUGAGCUGCAGAAUGCUGACUGGGCACGGUUUUGGGUCCAGGUGAUGAGGGACCUGAGGUAUGGCGUGAAGCUCAAGAAGGUGCAGGAGCGCCAGUACAACCCGCUGCCAAUCGAGUACCAGCUCACUCCCUAUGAGAUGCUCAUGGAUGACAUCCGCUCAAAGCGCUACAAACUUCGCAAAGUCAUGGUGAAUGGUGACAUCCCUCCCAGGUUAAAGAAGAGUGCUCAUGAGGUCAUACUGGAAUUUAUACGAUCUAGACCGCCGCUCAAUCCUGUCUCGGCCCGCAAGCUGAAGCCCCACCCCCCAAAGCCUGUCAGCCUCCACGAGCGCAUCCUGGAGGAGAUCAGAGCAGAGCGGAAGCUCAGGCCAGUCUCUCCGGACAUGGUCCGCAGGAACCGGCUUGUAAUGCGACCACUUAGCAUGUCUGUUAGCUUUGACUUAUCAGGCGCAGGCAAAAGCAUGAGCACUCCUCAAGACUUGUUCCGAUGCUCAGGCAUGUCCACCCCUGGUGUGCCCAGGAAGCUGGCCAUAAGCACGCUUGCCUUGGACAAUGAUCCGCUCCCUCUUCCAAGCCUUGGGAAUGGUGUGGCUGGGCCUCCUCGACCCUCCCAGCCAAAGAGACUGCUGAAGGCACCGACGCUGGCCGAGCUGGACCUCUCCGAUUCUGAUGAUGAAUCCAGCACUCGCAGAUUGGCUAGUAGUACCAGCAUGUCUACAACAGUGGUGGAUGACACUUCUCCAGAAUCCAUAGUGGACGGGAGGAUUCCUCCCAAGUUCAUCCCCUCAUCCUCCACCCCGCAGCCCGACUGGCGGCCUGCUGCUCCACGGAGGCACUCCAUAGAGAAGGAGACACCCACCAGCGCACGGCCCUUUGCGCCUCCAUCUCGCCAGACCUCCAGAUCUCUACUGCCUUUGGAGAACAAGGAGGAAUUUUGUUACCCAGUAGAGGGUCUUGCUCUGACAGUGGAGGAGGUGAUGCACAUCAGGCAGGUUCUGGUCAAAGCAGAGCUGGAGAAGUUUCAACAGUACCAGUACAAAGACAUCUACAUUGCCCUGAAGAAAGGAAAACUUUGCUUUUGCUGUCGGGAAAAGAAGUUCUCCAUUUUUACCUGGUCUUACACCUGUCAGUUUUGCAAGAGGCCUGUCUGUUCACAGUGCUGUAAGAAGCUCAAGAUACCCUCCAAGUCCCAUGCCAAGCUGCCCAUUUACUCUCUGGGCUCCAGCACCCUGCCUAAGGAGGAUGCUGGAGCCACGGCCCAGCUGGAGAGGCCCUUGGCCAUCCAUGGAUACCACCGCCUCAGUCUGAACUGCUCUCUCUCUAGACGUUCUAAGCAUGGUGAACACUCCAGAGAUGAAGUGGAGCUGCCGAAUGAGCUGACUGAGGACUGGAGCACUAUGGAGGUCUGCAAUGACUGCAAGAAGUUCAUCAAUGACAUCAUCUGCAACAGCAAGCGCAACUUGUCCAAGGCCAGCAAACGAGCUCGUCUGAAUCGCAAGACCCAGUCUGUCUACAUGUCCUCUACUAGCUCGAGGGACUACUGCCCCUCAGAACGGACCAUCAGUGAGAUAUAAUGGGGGGGGGGGGGGGGUGCUCUCGCCACCUGGCAGCACUGCCUUCUGGGGGGCCAUGUCAAAUUCCAGUGGUUCGGUCCAAUCAUGUGAGCCAUCCUGCCUGUACAUUUGGUUGGCACCUUGGAGAAUGUUUCUGUGCUCUUUGUAUGACAGUACAAAAUGUCCACCUGGCAUUAGGUGGGUUGGGUCUUGCAUAUGACUGCAUGGCCAUAGUAGAAGGAAUAUUCCAAAAGAUGGGUAAUUUAAUGUAAAGGUCUGUAGUCACUGUCAAUAUCCCCUCCUUUCCUCUUCUGUUAAAGGACAGUCAGAGGUGGCUGAGGGAAUGAGUGUGUUCUUCUUUCAGUGUGGGAAUGUAACCCAGCCUUUUCUCGUCUCAGGCCAAGGUCCUUCUGUCUGGAAUUAAAGCUGUGCAAGUAUAGUUCAGCUUCAAAGUAAUAUCUUCUUUCACAUUACAGGUGUGCAUGUUCUACCAACGAAUGAAUAAAUUAAUGGGGGUGAAGUGAUUUUCAGGUAACACUGGGAGGUAACCUGAAUGGUACAAAGAACCUGAGUGUAUUUUCAUUGUAGCAAAAACAGUGCAGCUGCAUGUAAAUAGCAAGCUGAAGGAUCAGCCCACACAUGUAAAUGAGAAACCACUUUUUGUUUAUUGCCCCACUCAGGGAAGAAUGAAGUAGUCAAUCUCUGAGAGCCAGGCAGACACACUGGGUCUCACUGGCUCUCUAACUAUUAAAGAUUAACUCUGACCAAAUGCUUUUUCCCUUACAUUUUGUGUUUGUUUCAACUGCUGCUUUCUUAGUAAUAUGCUCCAAUUUAUUCACUUUAGUUAAUAACUGCAAUUUUUGUGUGUGUGACAUCGCAGUUAUGUAUGUAUGUGUGUGUGUGUGUAUAUAUAUAUGU